AUGCAGUGUGACGAGCUGUGCCGUGCAUUGCACCGAACGGUGCAGUAUCGGUUGCCUUGCGGCACCCGUGUGUUGGUGACUUCAGACUCCGAUGAGUGCGAGGCGGAGCUCCGCUUGAUGCUGGAAUCCCCGGGGCUCCUGGGCCUCGACGCCGAGUGGGCCGACGCGCGCGGCAAAGUAGCGCUCCUGCAGCUGGCGAGCCGAUCGAGGGGGUGCCUCCUCAUCCGCAUGCCAAUGCUGGAAACCCUGCCAGCCGGUCUUGCAGAGCUCCUGCUGCGAGAGGAUUUCCUCAAGCUCGGUGUGGGUAUCGCCCAGGAUUUGCGGCUCCUGGCCGAGCAGUUCGGGCUGCAAAGUCGAGGAGCUGUAGAUCUCCAGCCGCUGGCUGUGCGCCAUGACGAAGGCGAGGGAGGCCUCGGCUUGGGCGCUCUUUGUUGGGCGAUGCUCCGGAAGAAGCUGGACAAGCGAAUCGAGCUGAGACGAUCGGACUGGACAGGACUUCUCAGCGACGAGCAGGUGCAGUACGCUGCGUGUGAUGCCUUCGUGGCCGUCGAAAUUAUGGAGGAGAUGCAUUCUCGACAUUGUGCACCGCCCACGACGAUUCGCGAAUGGUGCAGCGACCUCAUCGACAAGCUGCCCAAAGGAGGCUUGCAGCCCCGGCGCACGGGGCCAAAGAAGCCUCCAAAGGCUGUCGUGCACGCACCAAAGCGCCAGACCUUGUUGUACGGGGGGAUCAAGCUCCUCUCCCCGAAGGGCCUCCACCUUGCGAACGUCUCCCAUGCCAAAGCUGCUUGGUACGUUAAGAUGGGCCUUGCGCACAACGUGGAAGGCACUUCUGAAGAGGAGUUGAGCACGGUGAAGCUGAACUUCGAGCCGAAGGGCGUCGGCCAUGCCGGGGAUGCCUUCUAUCUCCAGGUCAUGGAGAACCAGUGCGUUGGCUGCGGAGCCAAGGACCAUCUGGUUCGCUUCUCCAUCGUGCCUCACGUUUUCCGCGCGUUGCUUCCACGGCGCUUCAAGGAGCACUCGAGUCAUGACAUCGUGCUGCUUUGCCACAGCUGCUACAUUCCAGCCUCGACCGCAUCCCAGAACCGCCGCCAGCGUUUGCUGGCGGAUGCUGGGCAGCGCGACGCCUCGGCGCCUGGGGCCAAAGGACGCUUCAGGGUGGACGAGGGCAAGCUGCGCGCACGCGGGGCCGCCGCUGCUCUGCGCCACGCGUUGCCGAGCGAGGUGCGAGAGGAGAAGGAAGCCAUCCUCCGAGACUUCCUGGGCAAACGGCCAGGUGCAGCUUUGAUGAAGGAAGAAGUCGAGCAGAUCAGGGUGCUGGAUGUGAAGGAAGCAGUUGAGGGCUACGUCUCGCCGGAGGUGGCCUGCGCUACGCAUCUUCGGAUCACCGAGGCAUGCACGGAAGAUGCAGAGUCUUCGGAAGCAAGGUGCUUCCAGUUUGUCUUGGACUGGCGGCAGACUUUUCUGGACAGUGUGAAGCCCCAAUACCUCCCAGGAGGAUGGGACUUGCACCGCAGCAUCCGAAAGCAUGACGACCUCUUCGGUGUCGGACAAGUCGGCCCAGCUGCGGAGGUCCUAACUUUGGACUCAGAUCUGGCCCUCCUGGAGGAGGCCAGUCUCAGCGUGACAUUGCGGGAGGCUCUGAGCGGCAAGAAUUUGAGCAUUCGCGCAGCCUUUGACAUCUUUGACACGGACAAGAACGGCUCGCUGGUUGGGUGCUCAGAGAGCUACUGCCAAAGGGCUUGCACAGAGAGGAUUAUGGGACAUGGUGGAGACCUGGGCUGCGCUGUAUCACCUCGGGCUGCGCGGGAUCUCCGCCGACCAGGUGGUCCGGUUCUUCGAUCUCAUGGAUGA